CCAUUUGGUGGAUUUUCGUCUCCGAAUGCUCGCAAGCCAGCCCAAUCGGAAUUACGAAGACUCCGGUCGAUAUUGGAACUCCACUAGCGUACACUCUGUGGAGCGAUUCGGAGCAGACCACCUCAUCGAGUCUGUGCGUGUCCUUUGUGGGAACCUACCAGAUUGAUGGCAAUGCUGUGGAAUUUACGCCAGCAUACGAGGACGAUACUGCUGUGGCCUAUGAGAGUUUGAGAAAAUCCGUGUGUCGCUCGACACAAUUCACACUGACGGCAGGACAAGAAAUCGCCUACGCCUCGAUUAGAGACUGCCGGAUACUUGUUCAGAGUGGUCCACAGCUGGAAUUUAUGAAUGCUUCGGGAAAAUGCCUUGCUACAGUAACCUGCAUGAUAACAUUUGACCUUUUGGAACAUUCGCUUCCGUUGUCGGAGAUUCGAAAAAUUUACAGAUCAAAUAAACAUAUACUUGGUCUGGCCUCUGGGUUUAUUGGAACUCCUAACGUGCUCGAUUGUUCAAGUUGGGUAAUGACUACCAAGCCAAGUUCAUUCCCGCCGUCGAAUCUAUCUCAAGCACAUUUCACGGAACCACGAGAAACAAGCACGAAGUCUGAUAUUGUCAAUUCUGAAGAAUUGUCAACAAGUGCAGCCCCAGGAAACAACCUUCAUCAUGGUCAUACAAUCCAAAUCUCGGAUCCACAAGUAACAUUAACGUGGUCCAGUACAAUUCCAAAGGAAAAUGGGGACGUUGGAAUGGGAUUUACAGCGCAAGCGAUCGAGGUGACGGUCGCUGAGCAAGAGAAGAGUUUGGUGUCGGAAAAACACACAACACAUUUGGCAAAUGCCGAACAAAUGAGUCUGAUAUCCAAUACAACCGUCACACCAGCAGAAGCGAUGGUACCAACCGUGGCCUUUGUGAGCUCGCUCAUCUUGGAACACGCUGGAAGAGAUGACGGCCUAAAGUCUUUUCCUAAAAUGAAGGAUGAAUCGGCAACCCUAAGUUUAUCCUCGCUGAAGGGCUCCACUACCCCUGAAACAACUCAUUGGGCAGGUGAAACUUCGACGGAAAAAUCAAACAUAACAGCUGGUAGCGAAAUCCCUCCACAAAUUAGUAGAGAUCAACCUGUUUCAAUGGUGGAGAAACCUGAUUUUACUGAAACGAUUCAGAUGAAGGCACAAGAAGGUGGACAGUCAAUCGAUAGAGAUCUUGAUGAUGAUACACGUGCUCUUCUGCAAAGCAUAGCGUUUCCGAAUACGUCAGGUGGGAGCGUUCAGGAGGGCGGAAAUGAAGAUGAAAUAGAUGAGAUUGUUGAGGAUAACGCUGAGCGAUUGGCGGACGGUCCACGUGUACUUCCGGAUGGGAUAGCGAGUGCAGCAAAGCGGCAAAUUUCAAAACCAAAAGACGCGAUUACUGAACAGGUGUCUGAUUCUGGGGGUGAAUGAAGAUAUGCCUGAGCUGCCCAUAGCUGGUUUGCAUUCAACGUCGACCACUUUUAUCCCUUAGUGUAACCACUGCAUA